UAGGAUCCAAACCGAUGCAAGGAAAUUAGAUCAGUCAGUGUUCAGACAGCGGAACUUGGUACACGUUCGUUUGAACGAGCAGUUAGUUGGAACUGGAUCUUGCUGGAUUCUCCACGAAAGAGGAUUAAUCCUUACCUCGAGUUCGAAUUUUGGAUUAAAGUACAGAAGAUGCUGCAUCUAUUUCUUCUCUCAGGAUUGUUCUGCACCUUAACGGCCACAGAAAUCCUAGAAACCAUAGUCCAAUGGCCGCUUCUGGAUUUUGCUCUUCCAUACGAUCGAGAGUUCCUUAAUCAGUAUCGGCCCGAGAACGUGGUUCCAACUGGCAUCGAGGUGGGCUGGGACAAGAUAUUCAUCAGCGUUCCAAGAUUACGAGCGGGCAUCCCCGCGACCUUGAACUACAUAUCAAGAAAUCUUCCAUUGGAGAGUAGCCCUCAAUUAAACGCUUAUCCAUCAUGGGACUGGCACAGCGCGGGAAAAGGCGAUUUAAAUUGCUCGUUGCUGAUCUCCGUGUACAGAAUGAAGUUGGACAGGUGUAACCGAUUGUGGGUCAUUGACAGUGGCGUAAUGACGUCGAUCGAUGACUUUAGACCGGUUUGUCAACCGAAGAUAAUGGUGUUCGAUCUAAAGACCGAUCAAUUAGUGCGACAGUAUACUUUUCCACGCGAGUCUCUAAGACCCAAUACGUUGCUGACCAAUCUGAUUCUCGAUGAUACCUCAGCAACUACCUGUGACGACAUGUUUCUUUACAUAAGUGACACUACAGGUCCCGGUAUAAUUGUAUUCGAUGGCGCAACGGAUAGAAGCUGGCGAAUUUUGCAUGCGAGCAUGUAUCCUCAUCCAGAUUUUUCCACUUAUCGAAUCGGAAGCGACAUGUUUGAAUUGUUCGACGGUGUCAUUGGCCUAGCAUUCUCCGCCAAACUUGGAACAUUAUACUAUCAACCGUUGGCCACGGAUCGUUUGUUCAGCGUGCCAACCACGGCUCUUCAAGCGGGUCCACCAGCAUUCGGUGAACAGCUGCCGGUAACUCUGGUCGGUAAAAAGUCGAGUCAAGGACUCGCUCUGGCCGUUGAUCCUCGUGAGGACACAAUUCUUUUCGCUCCGUUCACGGAAAUGGCGAUCGCUUCAUGGCAACCACAAACGAAUCAGCAAAGGAUUUUAGCUUAUACACCAGAAAAAUUGCAGUUCGUCGCGGAAAUUCGAUGGGCAGAGCGCGAUAAUGGCAACAUUUGGGUGAUGUCCACCAAAUUUCAGAAGUUCUUCAAGCAAGAAGUGAAUGCACGCGACAUCAACAUUCGAAUAAUGAGGCUAAUAUCCAUGCAAUCGACCCAUAAAAAUCCAAUCCUCAAUUCGUUUGCGCAAUCAUAUUUUCCAUCACAAUUCUACAACAAUACGAUAAACGUGUUUUAAAAGCGAAAGAAAUGUUUAAAAUUAAAUCAAAAAAUACUUAAAUUCAAUUCAAAGAAUGAUUCUUCGAUUAAA